GUGGGUUUUAUCAGUGUGUUGUUUGAGUUUUAACAAACCGUUUCAGCAGUACAGAUGCUUCAUCACCUCUGAGGAUUCUGUGAUAAGACGCUGCUUAUCACAUCUGCAUCUUCCGCGUCGCAUCUAUGCAAAUUACGGUGGAGAUAUGAAGCGUUUGCGCUAGAGACAAAUCCAGCAAACCUACGCAUUGGGAGUUGUGAUGGGGGACAAGUUAUGUAGAAGUUCGAGUCUAACUGGGAAAUAACAAUCUACUAAACUACAAGGUGCCAGAAGAGCGUUUAGGCCUAAUCGCGACAGUUUCCUUGGUGAUUAGAGGAACAGUGGAAACUGAAGCCUCAUCCGGGUUACCAGGUAGAAGCAGGUUUGGAGAGAUUUUUGAAGAGGGAAAGUGUCUGAGAAAGGAAAUCAAAGAUUGUUGAUUCCUGUGUGCAGUUCCUUCUAAGUGUGUCUUUGUCCAGUAGCCUUAUGGCUGGUUCUGAGACAGAUGCAGCAAAAAGGUGGCAGAAAUGUGUGGACACUGUGCUGUGUGAUCUAACUAAGGAGCAACUGAAAUCUAUUGAAAACAACAGUGAGGAACGGGACUUUUUUGUGGUACAUCACCUGGCAGACCUGAAAGAAUGCUGCAUCUCUCCUCUCAUUCAUGGCACACCUAUCACCUGUAAAGUGGAAAACACAGAGCGAUACACCACCCGCUCUAAGGUAUGUGUGUGCACUCUCUACACGGUCCGUCUGACACAUGGCGAGUUCACAUGGACGGUAAAAAGAAAGUACAAGCACUUCCAGGAGCUCCACAGAGACCUUUACAAACACAAAGUGAUACUGCAGUUCUUGCCCCUGGGAAGAUUUGCCAUUCAGAGACAACAGCUGGCAAGUUUGACAGAGGAAAUGCCAACUUUACAUGGAAGCAAUAGAAACAGGAGAACGUCUGGCAAACCGAAAUAUCUGGAGGAAUAUUUAAACAACUUGCUAGAAAACACGUUCUACAAGAACUAUCAGGGGAUGUUGGACUUCCUGACAAUCAGUCCACUGUCCUUCAUCAGAGACCUUGGACCCAAAGGCCUUGAAGGUUAUAUUCUGAAACGGUCCGGGGGUCACCGUAUCCAGGGGUUCAACUGCAUCGGUCACCAUCAGUUCUGCUUCCGCUGGUCUCGCCGUUGGCUUGUGGUGAAGGAUUCGUUCCUUCUGUACAUGUCCAGAGACCCUGGCGUUGUGUCGUUUGUGCUGCUGUUUGACCCCGAGCUGAAAGUGUUGGUUGGAAGUGUUUACACUGAUACCAAGCAUGGCGUCUGCAUCCAGAACAACAGCAGGAAGCUGGUGAUUAAGUGCAGUAGCUACAGGCAGGCCCAGUGGUGGAGUCAUGAGAUUCGGAGUCUCUCGGAGCACUGUGAAUUCUUCCAGAAGCAUCGCUUUGAAGGCUUCGCCCCACCCAGACCGGACACUCUCACUAAGUGGUAUGUUAAUGGGAGUGGCUAUUUCUCAGACGUGGCUGAUGCCCUGGAACAGGCCAAGGAGGAGAUCUUCAUCACUGAUUGGUGGCUCAGUCCAGAGGUUUUCCUUAAACGUCCAGCUACAGGAACGUACUGGCGCUUGGACAAGAUUCUCAGACGCAAAGCAGAGCAGGGUGUGAAGGUGUGUGUGUUAUUGUAUAAGGAGGUGGAAAUGGCACUGAAUAUCAGCAGUGGCUACAGCAAGAGAACACUGAUGAACCUGCACCCCAAUAUUAAGGUGAUGCGUCACCCUGAUCAUGUUGCUUCAGUUGUGGUCUUCUGGGCCCAUCAUGAGAAAAUGGUUGCCAUCGACCAAUCAGUGGCCUUUGUGGGUGGGUUGGAUCUUGCGUUCGGGAGGUGGGAUGACAGCGACUAUAGGCUGAGUGAUUUGGAAGCCCCAAAAACAGGCAGUAAUGCAGAGGCAGCCCGAGAGUCUGAUGCUGUGGAUGGCUCGGCAGUUCCUCUGGCAGAACCUGUGUUAGAGUGUGAGGAUGAAGUGGAUCUGAGCUGUAAUGCCCUCUUGUGGUUGGGAAAAGAUUACAGCAACUUUAUCAAGAGAGACUGGUCACAGCUGAACCAGCCCUUUCAAGACAAUGUUGACAGAACUCAGGUGCCACGCAUCCCCUGGCGAGACCUGGGUGCUGUGCAUCAUGGGAAGGCAGCCAGAGAUCUCGCACGACACUUCAUCCAGCGAUGGAACUUCACUAAGAUCUUUAAGAACAAGUACAAGGGUGACUUCUACCCGUACCUACUGCCGAAAUCUCACUGCACUGCAGAUAAGCUGCCAUUCACCAUCCCUGGUGCCUCAAAAGCCUCUGUACAGGUUCUUCGUUCUGUGGAUCACUGGUCUGCUGGCACAUGUGAACAUUCGAUCCUCAAUGCCUAUAUACAUGUUAUUGAGAACAGCGAGCAUUACAUUUAUCUAGAGAACCAGUUCUUCAUCAGCUGCUCAGAUCAGAAGAAUGCCAUUGGAGACACUAUUGUCAAACGGAUCCUACGGGCUCACAGUGAGAGGAAGAAGUACAGGGUGUUUGUUGUAAUUCCUCUGCUGCCCGGCUUUGAGGGUGACAUCAGCCAGGGAGGAGGAAAUGCCAUUCAGGCUAUACUGCACUUCACCUACAGAACGAUUAAUCGAGGAGAACACUCCAUUCUCUCAAGAUUAAAGAAGCAAAUGCAGGACGAAUGGACACAGUAUAUUUCUCUGUGUGGUCUGCGCACACACUCUGAGCUCGGCCAGUCCCCUGUAACAGAGCUCAUCUACGUCCACAGCAAAGCCCUCAUCGCUGACGACCGCUGCUACAUCAUAGGGUCAGCUAAUAUCAAUGACAGGAGCAUGCUGGGUAGUCGUGACAGUGAGCUGGCAGUGCUGGUGGAGGAUGAAGAAAGAGUUCCCUCAAUCAUGAACGGAGAGGAGUACCAGGCUGGACCACUAGCACUCGCCUUACGAAAGGAGUGCUUCAGAGUACUUCUCGGAGCAAAAUCUGACCCCAGUCUGAACAUUGAUGAUCCAGUCUGUGAUCAUUUCUUCAACGAUGUUUGGAACAAAAUUGCCCAAACAAAUGCCAUCAUCUAUGAGAAGGUUUUCCGAUGUCUUCCACUGGACUCCAUCCGCAACUUGCGUGAGCUGCAGGAACAAGUGAAUGCUCAAAACCUCAGUCUUACUGACCCGGAGAAAGCCAAAGAAGAAUUAAAGGCAAUCCAGGGCAUCCUGGUCCAUUUCCCACUGCACUUCCUGUGUGAGGAGUACCUUCUCCCACCUCUUAAAAGCAAAGAAGGAAUGGUUCCUACGGAGGUGUGGACAUAGCAGGGAAGAGUAUCCAGCGAAACGGAAGAUUUCAGAACUUAAAAUAUCACACAUCUGCUAACUAAGCUGGAAGCUAUGGUGGUUAACCGCCAAACGUUUGGCCAAUUUGGUUUGGACUAAAGUAAUGGUAGUAAAUGAAUGUUUAGUUCUAAACACUAACACAACUUAGUGUAGAAAAACAAAAUAAUCUUGCAUAAGAAUAUAGACACGUUUAUACCAGGAGAAUCGCAUAGUGUAGUUGCUAAUUAUAUGAAGAUACAAUGAAAUGACAUCAGUCUUCUACCCAAAUGCCCAUUACGACCACGAAUGUCAUGAUUGGAGUAUUUAAAAUGGCUGAGGAUUUAUAGUGCUGCAUAUCAGAUGAGGAAAAAAAGAGCAAAUAAGGCGAAAGAGAGAGAGUAUUUUUGAUGAUCGAGGAACAGAAUGUACAUUUAUUGUUGUGAAUGUGUGUGGGUGGAUGGUGCUGCUUUACCUUCUUUUCCCUCUCUCUUUAUUUCUUUCUUGUGUGCGCUACACCUCUCAGUGCAGUGGCAGCAAAUCUGUCAGAACAUUUGUGGUUGUUAUGGUGACGGGUAUAAAGAGCUGACUUGGUCUUGGCUGCUGAGAGAGAGAUAGAGAGAACGAAAGAAAGAGGCAGGAAGAGAUUGUGAAGAAGCAGGGAAAAAAUAGACAAACCGUAAAAACAUGAGUAACUGUAUGUUUGCGCAUCAGGGUGGCAUAUUUGGUCAGAAAAAUUAUGUAAUGCUUUUUUGAAGCAGGUAGAGGGGAAGUGUUACGGAGCAAGGAUCAGGAGGGGCUUCUAACAUGGUGAGAUAUUCAGGGGGAGUCCCCCCCCCCCAAUCUCCAUGACAACCAGGAAAUUAUUGUUAUGUAAUAAUGUCCAGAAGCUUCCACUUUUGUGUUUUUGGAGGGGGUGUUGACACAAGUAGAGAGCACACUGGAGGCCAAAUAAGCAAUGCUAAUUUUGUCAGUGCCCCAGUUUAUAAACGAUCACUAAUCUGCCUGUGUAAGGUUGAGUUUGAGUUUGAGUUUAUUCACAAAUACCAGCAAAUUCUAUGAUGAUCCAGCGGGGUACAGAAAAUAGAAAUUAGGUAUAGUGAAAUUGAGGUUGUAGAAUGUGAUAUUUGAAGAGAAUGUUUUAGGGUUUGACCACUGGAGACAAGUUAUCACCUUUAUGAAGUGACAAUUCUGAUCUUUUUAAAUCUCUAUACCUGUUAAGGCAUAUUAACGUAUCUGAUUUUGCACAUUUUUAUACUUUUCAUGUACAUACAGUUGCUUUUAUUUAGAAAGCAUACAGAACUUGCUUACUAAUACUUAAAUGAAUCUUGGCUAACACUAUGUGUUUUCACAACUUUUGGACAUCUGUAUAGACCUUACCUAGGGUAGAUGCCAAAUUUAAUUUUCUUCAGAUGAAAAUGAUGCUGUGAACAGUCUUUACAACAGCAUACACUCUCAAAAACAUUAAAUAAAAAAUAAAUUUAUGGAGAUUUUGUCUACCGUUUUUUAUUUUAUUUAUUUGUCAGCUGAAAAAAAUGACUGUUAAACAACAGUUCAAUCAAUGAACACGCUGUACUUUCCCUCAUAGCCUUGUUUUCACUCCUUUCAGAAAUUAAAUAUGGUGCUACCCUGACAAAGGUUUAUAAGUGAUGUUUUUUUCUAUAUGUGCAACAUUAUUUUUGGAUUAAUGACUAUAAAUCACAAAUCACAGUUGUUUGUAAACCAAUGAGCAAUCAAUUAUUUUUUCCUCCAUCUGUUUGAAUUUAAAUAAAUGUAUUAAUUCUCAUAA